GUAGUUUCGCCCAUUCCACACCCACAUAACCACAACAACAAACCUUGUGACGUACGGCGUAGCCAGCAAAAUCUAGCACGUGCAAACGGCCGGUUUGGUGCAGUUCUUUCCCGCGCGAUUGUUUCCAAAUAAAAAGAGUUUUGAUCACACUGGCUAGGCUACAUGUAUUGGUAUGCAAGGUCAUUGGGCCUUCUCUGCACCGCCAUCUUUGUGCCAACUUACGUGGAAUCGGGAAUGGACAAAUGCAUAAUUAAAAACACACUCACUGCGUCACAGAAGGCAUAAGGCGUACAUUAUAUAAGCUACGAAUCCGUCAUAGGGACGAACUUUUCGGGCUGAAAAAUCGCAGUGAUACACUGACGACUUAACCCAAUCAUUUUUCAUUUUGUGCUGGUGGGCAAGAUCAUGAGGGUGAACGUCCGAGUACGUAAUGAAUGGCUGCUUGUGCCAGCGAAAUCAUCCAAACUUACGGUAGAUUGGUUAGGGAAGCAAGCCUUGGCCCGUUAUCGUACCCUCAAGGAUUACGACCAAGAAGAGCAAGAUAGCGUGUUGGAGAUACGAAAAUCGUCAGGAGGAAGUUUGCUGUUUCCAGGUGACCACAUCGAGGAUGUUGUGGAAAACGAUGGAUUCGUCUACACUGUUCUUAAGAGUGAACAGAAGACUGAUGGCAUAAUUUCCUCGUCCACCUUGCAUCAGGAUGUACACACAACUUUUAAGUCAGCAACAGAGUACUUGAGUCUCGAUGGAUGCAGCCUCUCCACUGAUGAUUUGAUGAAGCUUGGUGAAGGCAGAUAUAACAUCAAGUUGACAGACAAAGCAUGGGAGAAAGUCACAGCAUCAAGGAAUCUGCUGGAAAAGAUUGUGGAAGAAAACAAAGUUGUAUACGGCGUGACAACAGGCUUUGGAAAGUUUGCUCGUGUGGUCAUCCCUGUUGAAAAACUCAAUGAGUUGCAGGAGAACCUGAUCCGCUCUCAUGCCGCUGGGGUGGGUGAACCACUCACCCCUGAACGUACCCGACGCUUGCUGGCCUUACGCAUCAAUGUGAUUGCAAAGGGGCACAGUGGACUAUCUCCUAAGAACCUUAGAAGCAUGAUUGAUGCCUUCAAUUCGUCCUGCUUGCCCUUAGUUCCAGAGAAGGGUACUGUUGGCGCAAGUGGUGAUUUGGCUCCCUUGAGUCAUCUUGCCCUGGGGAUGAUGGGAGAAGGCAAGAUGUGGAGUCCUCGUACAGGAUGGGGUGAUGCUAAAACGAUUCUGAAGUUGCAUGGGGUGGAGCCGGUUAUCCUUGGUCCAAAGGAGGGUAUUGCAUUAAUUAAUGGCACACAGAUGAUCACCGCACUUGGAGCUGAAGCCGUUGAGCGAGCAGCAGCUAUUGCACGUCAGGCUGAUGUCAUUGCUGCCCUGUCGUUGGAUGUCCUGAAAGGGACAAACUCUGCUUUUGAAAGUCACAUCCAUGCAGCCAGACCCCACAAGGGACAAAUGCUAGUGGCCAGCAACCUACGUUCACUCCUGGCUUCAGAUGUCCACCCCUCCGAAAUUUCCGAGAGCCAUCGAUUCUGUGACCGUGUGCAAGAUGCUUAUACUCUGCGUUGCUGCCCACAGGUUCAUGGUAUUGUCAACGACACCAUUGAGUUUGUUAGAGGCAUCUUGACGACUGAGCUGAACAGUGCGACUGACAAUCCAAUGGUAUUUGCUGAGCGUCAAGAGACAAUUUCUGGUGGAAACUUUCAUGGGGAAUACCCUGCCAAGGUGCUGGACUAUCUGGCCAUCGGCAUCAGUGAACUGGCAUGCAUCAGUGAACGCCGAAUUGAACGACUUGUUAAUCCAUCGCUGAGUGAACUGCCAGCAUUUCUGGUGAGUGACGGUGGUAACAAUAAUGGCUUUAUGAUUGCUCACUGCACGGCAGCUGCUCUGGUGUCUGAAAACAAGGUUCUGACUCAUCCAGCGUCUGUUGACUCACUGCCGACCAGUGCAAACCAGGAAGAUCAUGUUAGCAUGGGAGGAUUCUCUGCCAGAAAAUGCCUGACUGUUGUUGAGCAUGUGGAACAAGUUUUGGCCAUUGAAUUAUUAGCAGCAUGCCAAGGUAUUGAGUUCCUUCGUCCUCUGAAAACUACAGCUCCACUGGAGGAAGUCCACAAACUUGUUCGCUCUGUCGUGGAACCCUGGGACAAGGAUCGCUACAUGGCCCCCGACAUUGAAGGAGCAACUAAGCUCCUGAGGGAAGAAAAGGUGUGGAAAGCAGUCAAACCUUACAUGGAUAAUUACCAUAUAGAACAUCUGAAAGGAGCAAGUGUCCCAUCACCAACAGGUAGCGCUUUAGGAAAUAGCCGUUCUGCUAAGCGUAAGCGAGUGAAGUAAAGAGUGACUUCUAAGAGAAUGGUUGGGUAGAGCCGUGUACAUGGUCAAAAGCUACAGUGGGCCAGGUAGGAAUUCUUACUCAGUGGUUGGUGUUAACAUCAUUCAGUAUAGGCUUAAACUCAGCUGUAGCAUAAGGCUUGUUUGUCAUGCAAGUAAAAACGGCCAGCUAAUAAGUGAUAUGAGCAGAUAAUAAGAAGACGUAGAGUUGAAUGUUUUCAGUGUGUUGAUUUUUACUUGGAUUGUUCAUUUAUGGAAGUGAAUUUCGCUUUGGUUUGAACUUUGCAUAUAAGUAGAAAGCAGCCAAUUGAACUAUGGAGCUUUACAAACCAAUUUUUAUCUUUUUUAGUAGGUAGUUCCACCUUGCUUCCUAGGUAUUUUCCUGCAUAUUGCUUGUUAAUGAAUUAACAUUGUAAGCCAAAUUGUAAGAGUGCAAACCGCUGGUUGAAAAGACACCUUUUGAAAUGGUGCACUUGCAAAACUUGCUCGUAAUGGAAGAAUGAAAGGGCGUGACUUAAAGUUCAAAAUGGUUGGUUAGGCUCCAUGAGGGAUUUAAGCUCCCAGUGUGAUCAAGGUGAAUCGUGAAAAAAAUAGUAAUGCUAAACUUUUAUCACACUUUUCAGUCUAAGGAUUAAAAUUUAUUUAAGUACUUCAAACUGAAAAUUUUUUUUGUUUGGGACUUAUCUGAAUUCUUUGUAUAUUCAAAAUCCUUUCAUUGGUGUUAAACAUCUUGAAUUAUAACCAUUUAUAACUGUAUGACUUAAUAGCUUGUGAAAUUUUGCAAUUCUUAAUUAAUCGUUUACUGAUUUGAAUAAAAUUUCUAUAUUGUUAGAUAGAUAACACAUAUUAUUCAGUUAAGGUUCUCCUAACUUAGAAAUAAAAACUCUCAACAAGAUGAAUUUAACAGCCUCCAGCUUGUCAGCAAAAAGAUUCUAAUGAAAUAAUGGUUGCUACCAGAUGUUUUAUUUUGUUUUAUGCCAUGUCUUUAUUUUGUUCUUUAGGUCUUUUAAGUGAAACUUUGGCAAUAGCAAUGCAAUUAUCUGGGUGUUUUUUCAAGUGUUCCUUCUCAUUAUCUUUAUUUGGUAGGGAAAAAAUAAAUCUUUAAAUCUUAAAACAUUUAAUCUUGUUCAUAUUUUGAGGUGAUUUUUCUACAAUUACAUCUGUUUGCACAAGAUCUAAUCUCAUCAUGAUUAGCAGAAGCAACAAGGGUAAAUUAGAAACAAAUGUUGAAUUAGGAACCAAGUACAUUUUGAUCCCUUUUUGAUGGUGGUGACAGGUAUAAACUCAUUUUUGUUGUGUUAUUUACAAUUUGCACGUAAUAGCUUGAGGUUCAGUGGACUGCAGAUACUUCCUGUGUAUUUUUGAUUCUAUGUAUUCUUUUGCCUUAAAAAUUCACUCCUAAAGAUAAAAGGGUUUGACUUUAGCCAGCAUUAAGUGGUGUGCUUUUUUUUGUUUGAUGUUUGAUAGUUCUGGAGUCCUUGAAUGAAAAGUUUUUUCCAAAUACAUGUAGCUUAUUUUCUCUUUUUGAGUGUAGUACUGACCAGUUAAUCAAGGAAACUAUUUCUUAUAAUUCUCGUAGAGUAUAUCAUGUAAUUUGAUGGUUAUGAACUGAGAAUCAGAAUGUUAGAACCUACAUUUCUGAAAUAUCUUUCAUUCUUAGCACUUUGUUGGGUAAGGUAUCUUAACGGCAAUGUUUGAAUCUUUUAACGGCAAUGUUUGAAUCUUUUAACGGCAAUGUUUGAAUUAAACUAUGAACUAUUACACAGAAA